AUGUCAUUUAAUAGAGAAACUGAUCAGAAGCUGAAGUUUAAAACAUCCAAGAAAUUGAAAGUCUCACCAACUUUUGAAUCCAUGUCAUUAAAGCCUGAUUUGCUUCGAGGAAUCUACUCAUACGGAUUUGAAACACCGUCAUCAAUUCAGUCUAGAGCCAUAACAAGAAUUAUCUCAGGGAGUGACAUAAUUGCUCAGGCGCAAUCUGGUACAGGUAAGACUGCCACAUUCGCCAUUGGGAUGCUUCAAAUAAUUGACUUGAAGAAGAAAGAUUUGCAAGCUUUGAUUUUAUCUCCCACAAGAGAGCUAGCUGUGCAAAUUAAUCAAGUUGUUUCCAAUUUGGGAGACUAUAUGAAUGUAAAGUCACUAGCGAUGACAGGUGGGAAAAUGAUGAAAGAUGAUUUGAAAAAGGUUUCUAAAAGUGGGUGUCAAGUCGUUAGUGGGACACCUGGAAGAGUGUUGGAUAUGAUAAAGAGGCAAUUACUGGCGAUAAGGAACAUCCAAAUGUUAGUGUUGGAUGAAGCUGAUGAACUGUUAGGAGAGUCUCUUGGUUUUAAACAACAAAUCUAUGAUAUAUUUGCAAAACUACCCAAGAGUUGUCAAGUGGUAGUUGUAAGUGCUACUAUGAGUAAAGACAUUAUUGAAGUCACUAAGAAAUUUAUGAGCGACCCAGUCAAGAUUCUCGUGAAGCAAGAUGAAAUUUCUUUGGAAGGUAUUAAACAGUAUUAUGUUGAUGUGGGUAAAGAAGAAUGGAAAUUUGAUACUUUGUGUGAUAUAUAUGAUUCAUUAACAAUUACACAAUGUGUUAUCUUUUGUAAUACAAAGAAAAAAGUGGAUUGGUUGUCAGCUAAAUUAACACAAUCCAAUUUUGCUGUAGUGUCGAUGCAUGGUGAUAUGAAGCAAGAGGAAAGAGAUAAGGUUAUGAAUGAUUUCAGAACGGGUCAUUCGCGUGUAUUAAUUUCCACAGAUGUUUGGGCCCGUGGUAUUGAUGUCCAACAAGUAUCAUUAGUUAUUAAUUAUGAUUUGCCAGAAAAUAUGGAGAAUUAUAUUCAUAGAAUUGGGAGAAGUGGUAGAUUUGGUAGAAAAGGGAUUGCCAUUAACUUUUUAACAAGUAGUGAUGGUAGCACUUUUAGAGACAUUCAAAAAUUCUACCGUAUCAAAAUUAAGCCCAUGCCAGCCAAUCUCUCUGAGCUCACCUAG